CUCCCCACCGGCCCUGAAAACAUGUUGUGGACGGUGACAGGGGAAUGUGAAAUUAAUUUCACUCAAGGAUCCCAGGACAGUAGCUGGUGCAGGCUUUACCACACACUUGCAGUUUUUACUUUCUAAAGUGUUCGCCGCUUUUCCUUGGAUUGCUUUUUUAAAAUAGUGCUAUUUAUAGCACUAGUUUGUUUACGUUGUGAGUUCGUUUAGUAAUUUGAGGGAUUUUUAGUUGGUUUACAGUGCCGUACUGCAGACAAAUUGUCUGGGUUUCAGUGAAAUAGUCAGACAUUUUGUCUGCCCAGACAUUGAGUCUGCCAUGGAUGAAACAAUUCCCUGCCCGAUCACAUAAACACGUGACACUGUAUCGAGCGAGCCAAUGGAAACAUAGAUACGGGUCCUGAUUGGAGAAAGGUCAACCUGGAAAGGUCAAACUGCUUCCUUUGUUGAUUGGCCAAUGGAUUGAUUAGAUAAGUCGCAGAGACAUGCAUUGAAGGUGGGGCCAGCCACCGGCUAGAUUGUUCCAGAAUGUGCGGCCCUCUGACGUCAGGGUGAUAACACUGGCUGCCCCAGGUCGGUCCCCGCCAUUUUGGCCGGCCAGGUGUCGCCCGCAGCAGCUGUGGUUUACGUAACCAUGGUAAUGGGCACCUUACGGGAUCUGCAGCUCGCGCUUCAGGAGAAGAUUGAAGAGCUGCGACAACGGGACGAGCUCAUUGAUGAGCUGGAGGGGGAGCUGGAUGAAAAGGACACGCUCAUUCAGCGCCUCCAGCGCGAGCUCGACAAGUACAGGUCCGUCCUGCCGUCCACCAGCAGCCCACUCUUCCACCGCAAGACGCCCCACUCGGGCGCCGGGCCGCCACACGCAAGCCCCCAUGCGCUACACACCACUGGGGUACGCCCUCAUGCACCAUUGACUAACGGUGGAGUGGCAGGCGGUGGAGAGGGCGGUGGAUCCGCCACCGGUGGAUUUGGAGUACUGAAAGAAGAACGGACAAAACGGGUUGCUAUUUCUGCGGAGCCGACAACCUUGAACAGUGAGCAGUUGCUGUUGUCACAGAGAAAUAAGGUGUACCCUAAGACUUACGCGUGA